GAACCCCCUCGUCAAGUCUCCCCCCUCCUCUGCAACUAACUCUACCACGAAAAACCCUCACAACACCACCUACCUGAGAUUUAUCACUGAGACCCGGUCCAGACUGCUGGGUGUGUUCUCUCAGAUGUCCGCUAGGGGGAGCAUGCGGAGGAGGCCGAAGCCCCUGCUUUCUCUAGCUCAGACCCAACGCCUACACGAACUUCCGUCCCUGUUCAGUUCCGCUUCCGGGGAAAUGUACGGGCUGUUGUACGCGUUUCUUGUGGGACUGUGAAGGCUGAGGACCUACCGGCUGGCUGGCCCUUGCUUCGGGGAAUUAGGCAGCCGUGGCUGCCUGUUAGGGGAAGUGUAUCGGGUUCACCGUUCCUCCUACGGACCUUUCCUUACCACUGGAGCGUAGUAAGAGUGCUGCCAUGGCGGCCCCUGCUCAGCCCAAGAAAAUCGUGGCUCCUACUGUGUCCCAGAUCAACGCGGAGUUCGUAACGCAGUUAGCAUGUAAAUACUGGGCUCCGCAUAUCAAGAAAAAAUCACCUUUUGAUAUAAAGGUCAUUGAAGAUAUAUAUGAAAAAGAGAUUGUCAAAUCGAGGUUUGCCAUCAGAAAGAUAAUGCUCUUGGAAUUUAGCCAGUAUCUUGAAAAUUACCUCUGGAUGAAUUAUUCUCCAGAGGUGUCCAGCAAGGCCUAUUUAAUGUCAAUCUGCUGUAUGGUGAAUGAGAAAUUCAGAGAAAAUGUCCCUGCAUGGGAGACUUUUAAGAAGAAGCCAGAUCACUUCCCAUUUUUUUUUAAGUGUAUCUUGAAAGCAGCAUUAGCUGAAACUGAUGGUGAAUUUUCACUCCAUGAACAGACGGUCUUACUGCUUUUUCUUGAUCAUUGCUUCAAUAGUUUGGAAGUAGACUUGAUACGGAGUCAAGUACAGCAGCUUAUCUCCCUCCCAAUGUGGAUGGGCUUACAGCCGGCACGAUUGGAAUUAGAAUUAAAAAAGACCCCUAAGCUAAGAAAAUUUUGGAACUUGAUUAAAAAGAAUGAUGAAAAGAUGGAUCCAGAAGCAAGAGAACAAGCCUACCAAGAAAGAAGAUUCCUUUCACAACUCAUCCAGAAGUUUAUCUCUGUGUUGAAAUCAGUGCCACCUUCUGAACCUGUCACUAUGGACAAAGUUCAUUACUGUGAAAGAUUCAUUGAACUUAUGAUUGAUCUGGAGGCCCUCCUCCCCACAAGGCGCUGGUUUAAUACCAUUCUGGAUGACUCCCACCUUUUGGUUCACUGUUACCUUUCCAAUCUUGUUCAUAGAGAAGAGGAUGGGCAUCUUUUUUCCCAGCUUUUGGACAUGCUUAAGUUCUAUACUGGUUUUGAAAUUAACGACCAGACUGGGAACGCUCUGACAGAGAAUGAGAUGACCACAAUUCACUAUGACAGAAUCACUUCUCUCCAGAGAGCUGCCUUUGCACAUUUCCCUGAACUCUAUGAUUUUGCACUCUCAAAUGUGGCAGAAGUAGAUACUCGGGAAUCUUUGGUCAAGUUUUUUGGACCACUUAGUUCAAAUACACUCCACCAGGUGGCAUCAUACCUCUGCUUGUUACCAACUCUUCCUAAAAAUGAAGACACAACUUUUGAUAAAGAAUUUCUUCUAGAAUUGCUGGUAUCUCGUCACGAACGUCGAAUUUCUCAGAUUCAGCAGUUGAACCAGAUGCCUUUGUAUCCAACUGAGAAAAUCAUUUGGGAUGAAAAUAUUGUCCCAACUGAAUACUAUUCUGGGGAAGGUUGUCUUGCUCUUCCCAAGUUGAAUUUGCAAUUUUUGACUCUCCAUGAUUACCUUCUAAGGAACUUUAAUCUCUUCCGCUUAGAAUCAACUUACGAAAUUAGGCAGGACAUCGAGGAUAGUGUCAGCAGAAUGAAGCCAUGGCAGUCUGAGUAUGGUGGUGUAGUGUUUGGUGGCUGGGCACGAAUGGCCCAGCCUAUUGUCGCUUUCACUGUGGUUGAGGUUGCCAAGCCCAACAUAGGUGAAAACUGGCCAACCCGAGUUCGUGCGGAUGUUACCAUCAAUCUGAAUGUCAGAGAUCAUAUCAAAGAUGAAUGGGAAGGUCUUCGUAAGCAUGAUGUCUGUUUUUUAAUUACCGUGCGUCCCACAAAACCGUAUGGUACCAAGUUUGACCGGAGGAGACCUUUUAUUGAGCAGAUUGGCCUGGUUUAUGUCAGAGGCUGUGAAAUCCAGGGCAUGCUAGAUGAUAAAGGGCGUGUCAUUGAAGACGGACCUGAGCCAAGACCCAAUCUUAGAGGAGAGUCAAGGACAUUUAGAGUGUUUUUGGAUCCAAACCAGUAUCAACAAGAUAUGACCAAUACUAUACAAAAUGGGGCAGAAGAUGUGUACGAAACUUUCAAUAUCAUAAUGAGGAGAAAGCCAAAGGAAAAUAACUUUAAGGCUGUGCUGGAGACCAUUCGGAACCUGAUGAAUACUGAUUGCGUGGUACCUGACUGGCUACAUGACAUCAUUUUAGGUUAUGGGGAUCCAAGUAGUGCACAUUAUUCAAAAAUGCCCAAUCAGAUUGCCACUCUUGAUUUCAAUGAUACGUUUCUUUCCAUUGACCAUUUAAAAAGCAGCUUUCCUGGUCAUAAUGUCAAAGUAACUGUGGAUGACCCAGCUCUGCAGAUCCCGCCUUUCAGGAUAACCUUUCCAGUAAGGAGUGGAAAAGGAAAGAAAAGGAAAGAUACAGAUGGUGAAGAUGAAGACUCCGAAGAGGCGAAAACCUUAAUUGUUGAACCUCAUGUCAUUCCCAAUAGGGGCCCUUAUCCUUAUAACCAACCCAAACGUAAUACAAUUCAGUUCACUCACACACAGAUAGAGGCCAUCCGUGCUGGAAUGCAGCCUGGGCUAACUAUGGUUGUGGGUCCACCAGGUACUGGAAAAACAGAUGUGGCAGUCCAGAUCAUAUCCAACAUCUACCAUAAUUUCCCAGAGCAGAGGACUUUGAUUGUUACUCAUUCUAAUCAGGCCUUGAACCAGUUGUUUGAGAAGAUCAUGGCUCUAGACAUUGAUGAGCGCCACCUGCUGCGUCUCGGUCAUGGAGAAGAAGAGCUGGAGACAGAGAAAGAUUUCAGCAGGUAUGGAAGAGUUAAUUAUGUCCUGGCUCGAAGAAUAGAACUUUUAGAAGAAGUCAAACGCUUGCAAAAGAGUCUAGGGGUUCCAGGAGAUGCUUCAUAUACUUGUGAAACUGCAGGCUAUUUCUUCUUAUAUCAGGUCAUGUCUCGUUGGGAAGAAUAUAUCAGCAAAGUGAAAAAUAAAGGUAAUACACUGCCAGAUGUCACGGAAGUCUCCACUUUCUUCCCUUUUCAUGAAUACUUUGCAAAUGCCCCUCAACCCAUUUUUAAAGGCCGAUCUUAUGAAGAAGACAUGGAAAUUGCUGAAGGAUGUUUCAGGCACAUUAAGAAAAUCUUUACUCAGCUUGAGGAAUUCAGAGCUUCUGAACUGCUUCGAAGUGGACUGGACAGAUCUAAAUACCUUUUGGUGAAAGAAGCCAAAAUCAUUGCUAUGACCUGUACUCAUGCUGCCUUAAAACGACAUGAUUUAGUCAAGCUAGGUUUCAAGUAUGACAACAUUUUAAUGGAAGAGGCUGCGCAGAUUCUGGAGAUAGAAACUUUUAUACCUCUUCUUCUACAGAAUCCUCAAGAUGGUUUUAGCCGACUGAAACGCUGGAUUAUGAUUGGUGAUCAUCACCAGUUACCUCCAGUCAUUAAGAAUAUGGCCUUUCAGAAGUAUUCAAAUAUGGAGCAGUCUCUGUUCACUCGCUUUGUCCGUGUUGGAGUUCCUACUGUGGACCUUGAUGCUCAAGGGCGAGCCAGAGCAAGCUUGUGUAACCUCUACAACUGGCGAUACAAGAAUCUGGGAAACUUACCCCACGUACAGCUCUUGCCGGAGUUUAGUACAGCAAAUGCCGGCUUGCUUUAUGACUUCCAGCUCAUCAAUGUAGAAGAUUUUCAAGGAGUGGGAGAGUCUGAACCUAAUCCUUAUUUUUAUCAGAAUCUUGGAGAAGCAGAAUAUGUAGUGGCACUUUUUAUGUACAUGUGUUUACUUGGUUACCCUGCUGACAAGAUCAGUAUUCUAACAACAUAUAAUGGGCAAAAGCAUCUUAUUCGUGACAUCAUCAAUAGACGAUGUGGAAGCAAUCCAUUGAUUGGAAGACCAAAUAAGGUGACAACUGUUGACAGAUUUCAAGGUCAACAGAAUGAUUAUAUUCUUCUUUCUCUAGUACGAACCAGGGCAGUGGGCCAUCUGAGGGAUGUCCGUCGCUUGGUGGUGGCCAUGUCUAGAGCCAGACUUGGACUGUAUAUCUUCGCAAGAGUAUCCCUCUUCCAAAACUGUUUUGAGCUAACGCCAGCUUUUAGCCAGCUCACUGCCCGUCCACUUCAUUUGCAUAUAAUUCCAACAGAACCUUUCCCAACCAGUAGAAAGAAUGGAGAGAGGCCACCUCAUGAAGUACAGAUAAUAAAGAAUAUGCCCCAGAUGGCAAACUUUGUAUAUAACAUGUACAUGCAUUUGAUACAGACCACACAUCAUUAUCAUCAGACUUUAUUACAGCUACCACCUGCUAUGGUUGAAGAAGCUGAGGAAGUUCAAAGUCAGGAAACAGAACUAGAAAUAGAAGAAGAGGCCAAUCCUCCCCAGGCUGAUCUGUCCAGUCUCACAGAUGCCAGCUCCAGUCAAGAAUCCUCAGCCUCUCAGACUGAGACCACCCCCGAUCACACAGGAGCUAGUUCCAAUCCAGAAGCUGUCCCUCCUGUGUCUGAUACCACUGUUUCUAUGGCAGGACCUGCAGCUGUACCAGCAGAGGCUAACACCCCCCAGCAUGUCACACCUGCCUCAGAAGAGACCAAGUAGUCCAACUGUAGCCUUUCUUAGGGAGGACAUUUCAUUCAUAAAGUCUAAGUAAAGCUGCUUUUUGUAUUUUAUAUUUGCUUCUGCUAUUUUAAGGGUACUAAUUAAUGUUAAGUCCUUAUUUUUGUUAAUUGAUCUCCGUGCUUGUCUUCUUGGAUAUGUUUAAAAGAAAAUUGUAUGUGUAUGAGCAACUUCAGUUUCAUUUCUUCAGUCAGAAGGGCAAAUAGCCAUUCCUUUUAUAAUUAACCAAAUAUAUCUUAUUCAUACCUACAUUAAAAGAAUUUGCUAUAGAAUAUAUAAGACAUACUUUACAUUUUCAGUGAACUUCUCUAAAGAAGGGGAUCAAAUACACUGAAAUCAACCAUAAGCACCCUUAAGUAAGUGUUCAAAUUGGGGAGGAAGUUGUUUCUUCUGUUAUAGUAUCAGAUCCUCAAAUUGUGAUUCCUUUUUUCUUACCUUUCUUGGCUGUCUUCCUUGAUGUAAAGGCAUUAACAGCCAUAGAUAGGUCUAGAUUUCUCUGAUCAAAGAGGCUACAUGUAUUUCCUGCCCCAAAGUCUCAUAAUGUAUUGGAACCACCUAGAGUGUCUGUUCAUUCUUGGGGCCACUCUUGACCUGAUAAAUCUGAAUCUCAGGGUUAGGACUGGGCAUUUGUAUUUUAGCAAGUGUUCCUAAUGUUUGAGUUGCUGGCAGAGUGGCAUCAAAUCAAGCUGGUAAGGCUGAGCCAGGGUAUGUCAUUCAGCUGAUCAAGAAGAUCUGGCAAAUCCGUCUGGGCAGGAAGAAAGAUCCAGAGUCUGGGCAGUGAAAGUCAGUGAACCCAAUUCCCCUAUAUAGGAUAGAGCUCUCACAAUGCAGAGGUUCUGAAUCUUCUGCCCUGUUUAGUUUUCUUGGUAGAUAACCAGCCACAAGGAGACCUUAAGGUAAAAUGUGCUCUAGAUUUGGGAGGGCAGAGUAGGACCUUGCUACUCAAGUGUGAUUUGCAAACUAGAAGUAUCAGCAUCCACUGAACCUUGUUAAAAUUGCAGCAGUGUGGACUCUACCCCAGAUCUAUUAAAUGUGAAUCAGCAUUUCAGCAAAGUGUCCAGGGGACUUAUAUGCGCUUUGUAGUUUGAGAAGCAUUGUUCUGAGGUUACUAUACUGUCCUCAAUGUGAAUGAAAGGUAGAAUAGAUUCUGUGAUGGUAAAAUUAAUAGUGUGACUGAUGUUUUCUGACAUGGGACCUCUGCUUAUGAAGUUUCCUGGGCGUGGUGGCCAGAAGAGAGAUGAAUAAGGUAGGGAGAACUUGCCCACUACUUCUCUUCCCCAUUUAGAUGUCUGCUAGAGUGGCUAACACGGAGCAUUUCCCCCAAAGUAUCCCCUGUCGUGCAUCUACCUAAAGGUUUGACCAUGUACAAAGAACCUUUGAGGAAAUAGGCAAGAACCACACACUGCCACUGAAAUGCUUCUAAUCCUGAUGUAUUGAAGGAAUGAACUCUUAUAAAGAAAUUAAACCAAGAAAGUCAAGUUAAUGAUUUUUUGACUGACUAGUGUUUGCUCAACUCUCCCAGGCUGUGGUGGAGAUGAGUCAGACUCUCCUACUACACGGUGUCUUCCUUCAUCAGAACACAAGAAAAGGAAAGGGAAGGGAUGAUGAGGGGAAGGAAACGCCAAGGAAACUAUACUGGAAAGUCUUUAUCUAUUUGUUACCAGAGUAAGGAAUGAGCCAGAUAGUCUGUUACAUAAUUUCUCUGAUUAUAGGAAUUUGGAAGCAGGUGUUUUGGGCAUCUGUAUGAGGAAUAGGACUCACAGAAUUACUUUCAUCUGUGAAUAUCUAGUAUCAGGCUAAGCAAGAGAGAAAGAAGCUUUACUGUAUUACUGUGUGUCAUGGAAAAGAUUGAUGUUUCUCUCUACCUGUUAGAGGAUGUGAAUCAUGAUACCUGCAACCAGAAUAAGCAAACUGUUGGGCUGCUUUCUCAUGAAGUAAACCAUUUUGCAAACACUAUAUAUCACUCUGUCUAGCUAGUGACUUACUUUUUUCUCUGCUGCUUGAUUUUCAGUCACGAUAAAAAGAAAAUUUAACUGGAAGAUGGGUGAAUCCUUUGCCUUUGUCAAAGGAAUUUUAGAAGGGAUGAUAGUGUUGGGAUUUGAAUUACUUAAAUAAAAUUUUUUAACAUUCAUUUUUGAGAGAGAGAGAGAGAGAGAGCAUGAGCGGGGGAGGGGAAGAGAGAGGGGGAGACACAGAAUCUGAAGCAGGCUCCAGGCUGCAGGCUGUCAGCACAGAGCCCAAUACAGGGCUCGAACCCACAGACUAGGAGAUCGUGACCUGAGCUGAAGUCAGACGCUUAACCAACUGAGCCACCCAGGUGCCCCAGGAUUUGAAUUAUUUUAAAUUGUUUAUUCACAGGAACGAUCAGUGAGUUGCAGUUGACUAUAGAAUUUUGGAAUUUUUAAACGAACUUAAGAGAUCUAUUUUUAUUUUAAUUAAUGAGGAAACUGAGUCAGAUAGUCUUAACUAAGGUGGCAACUAUGGAAGAACAGGUUAGAAUCCAAGUCUAUAGUCCUAGGGCAGUGUUUUGUUCAUUGUUUUUUGUUUUGUUUUGUUUUUUUCAGUCAAAAACACAAGCAUGAUUGCUUCAUAAAUUCAAGAGUUUUCCAUUUGGGAUUACAACAGACACAGGUACUCUAGCCAUGUGACCAUUUCAGACUAGUGUUCUCAUUGCCCUCCAUCCUGUUUGCCAUAUCUGAAUAUGUCAUGAUUUUGGAAACUAUUUUUAAAAGCAGACCAAAAAGAUGUGUGCAAGUGAAUGAGCAUGAAAUGAAGCAAUUCAAGUAUUUAGACUUUUUUCCACAAAAUGCUGAGUUAAGAAAGUUCAUUACCAACAGUUGAGAAUAAAUAGCUCCAUUGAUUUGGGCAAAUGAAUGAGAGGAUCUAAACAUUAUCAGGCCUCUUGAAGUUAGUGUCAUGAUAAAAGUUGAGAUGUUGUGCUAGGUACCGAGAAAAAUGGCAUAAGUGGGUCAUUUGUGCUCCUAUAUAAACGGAGGUUUUUUUAUGAUCAGGAAACUGCAUGAUACUAUAAAAUAGACUUUGGACUCUUGAGCAGACCUGGCUCAAAUUUUACCUCAUUUGCUUAUCAACAUUUGGUUUGACCUUGAAUACAUUUUAUAACUUAAGCCCCAGGUUUCUUUAUUCUCAAAAUUGAAAAAAGGUCUGUUAAUGACAAUUUAUUUGUUAAUAUUUGUGAAAAUAUUUUGCACCUGGGUGGGUGUUCAGCAGAUACUAGCCCUUCUCUCUCCGUCCCCCCCCCCCCCCCCCCCACACACACAUUUUUGAGACAAUAGAAGAUAAUUGCCAACCAGUCUUCUGACUUGGGUGCUUAGCUUUGCCCCUAUUCUGAGAACAUGGAAGAUGAUGAAGGGGACAUGUGGCAGCAGCUGACAUUUGAGGAUCAAAGAUCAAGUCUACUGAUUGGGAGUGAGAAUCAGUAUAUUGAGGAUCACAAUACUGAAGAUGGUCUCUGCUGAAAUGAAAAUUCUGACAGAACAGAAUAACCAGAGGGAUGAUACUAGGUUCCAUCAUGCUUCUGAUGUAUUGAUCACUUCCGUCAAUUCUGAAUCCUGUACACCCCACCCCAAAUCCUCUAAUUGUUGCAUUUAGUUAGCUUUGUGCCUCAAAUGUCCUUUUUCUUUUUUAUCUUGCAGCAGCUCAGAUGACAUUUUUAGAGAUGUUUCUUCGGUUAACAUAAGAUGAGAUUUUUUUUAAAAAGCUGACCCUUUUGCGUGAGCCAGAAGAGCAGUUAAAGAUAAGCAGUGCCUUGCUUCCUGUGAAAAAGGCUUGGCAGUUAGCCUUUGUAAUUAUGAAGCAAUCAUGUUAAUAGAUGUUUAAGAAUAAUGCAACUGGAGCUGUACUGAGCCAAGGAUGGAAUGAACACAUGAGACCAUUUUUUCUUCAUCCGUUGGUACUCUUCAGUGUCCGAGGAGGGGAUUUAAUUCAAUGGGAUCCAGAAGCUUUGCACACUUUGGUUUGCUUCCUAGGGACACAAACCAGAGCUUAGUCCCCUGGAGCAGGACUCAGAAUGUAGCAUGGUUACUGCUGACUGAUACUGUGCCAGUUUUAUUCAGUUCUCCCAUCUUUUGGCUUAUACUUACUCCAUGGCUGUUCAAACUUCUGCAUUACAUACGAAGGUGGCUAAUCCCAUUACUUCUCAACAUAUGUUACGGGAAAACACUAGUCUUGAAAAACAUGCUACAUGGUCAAAUAAGGUUGAGGAACACAGUGAAUUAUUCCCGUUUUGCAGAAACGUAGUGCAUUGUUAGUUAAUUAAAGGUCCUGAGAACUCCUGCUGGAAAAAAAAAAAAAAAAAAAAAAAAACAUGUUUAACUCAGCAUUUCCCAAAUUCUUUGAACAUACAACUUUUUUGUUUUUGUUUUUAAAUAAGACAUCUUAGGGAACUAACUGCAGAACACGGUUUGGGAAACAAUAUCUUUGCCAGAGCAUUUGAACUUUGAUUUCCCCCUUAGAAAAUUAAGGGGAUUAUAAUAUGGCACCCUGAAAUGUGCCAUUUCGGCAUAAGGGUUAUUUUGAGCUAAAGGCCAUUGAGAAGCAGCAGAUGCAGGAAGAACUGUCUGUCCUCUGCUUCUGCCAAAACUCAGGGCAUAAAUAUCCCUUCAUAAAAGAGACAUAAAUUUUCAUUUGUCAAGGUGUCCCCUCUCUUCUGUACUAGGAAGAGGACAGUAACCUUUAUUACUGGAAACAGAUGGCACUCAGCUGAGUCCGCAUAAACCUUACUAAAAUCACCCUUCUCUUCAUCCAUUUCCGCAUUUUUUACUUGCCCUCAAUUGGCCACUUCUAAAAGCCCCAAGCCCCUUUUUGUUUGCCUAUUUGCUUCAGCAUUUAUCCCUCUUUGUUAAGAUGGUAUAUAAACUUCUAAGCCUAACAGCUUCUUUGGGGUUUUUACCCAAAAUGGAUGUAAAGUUGAAAGCAUUAGUUACAUUUUUAUGCCUCUUCUAUUAACCUGUCUUUUGUUGGUUUAAUUCACAGGCCCCAGCCACCAACCCUAAAAAGGUCAAGGUAAAAUUUUUCCUCCCCUACAAAAACAACAAAAACAAAAAAAGGCUCUUAACUUUUUUUUCCUAAUUAACCAGAGGCUGAAGUAACAGAGCUGAAGAAAAAACUAGAGGUGAAGUGAUUGGUACAAAAUGUCAUAUUGUGUAAUUUGUUGAGUGUCAUGUAUUAAUAGCAACAUCCUGAAAAUGCAAAUGAAUACAAAUCUGAUCAGUGUGCCAUGACAUUCUUUCAUGUAAGCCUCCUAAGAAAAGGUCACUGAGCAUUCUCUGUUUAGAUUUUAAUUUUAGACUCCAGUAUUUCACACUAGACCUUUCUCAUUUCUUACCGAGCAGUGAAAGAACAGUUCUUAUUUCCAAUAUGUCUUGUUUUCUCAGCCCUUUAAAUGCGUGUUUCUUCAAAAAGUUUAAGUUUCGAGAAGGGAAAAGAAUGGGCAAGAAGGGUAGGCCAGAGAUAAUACAAGAAAAUAAAGGCAAAUACAGGAAAUGACAAAACUCCUCCUUCCUGAGAACAUUUAACAUAAAGGACCCCAAAAGUUACCUUGCAUUAGACAUGUUGAAUCCUCUCAGUUGAUCUCCAGAGAUGACUGUGCCCACCAUGCCUCUCCUCUCUGUCUUUAACUUACAGAAUACACUCACCUAACACUUCUUCUUGAAGUGCAUUUAAAUUCAAGAGCCUCAGUGGUAGCUGCUGCUUCUUGGGAGAUGCCUGAUUUAGUAUAAACAGCUGUUUUGAGAAACUGCUUUUACUGACAUUUUGAAAAAAUUAAAAGUUCUGGAUAAGAAUUGGUUGUAUCAAAUACUAUCUUUUUCUACUUUGGUUCAUUAGUUCAUUUUGGCCAUUUGGGAAGGUCUUUUUUUUUUUCCUUUUUAGUUCAGUUGUUCAUGAAUAAGUGUGCUUCCUGUACUACUGUAUUCUCAUUACCCCUUUGCUUCCGGAGUACCUUCCAGUGUGGUUUUCUAAUCCCAGACUGGCCCGAGAAUAAUAGUGGAACAGGAGUAGGCCUAGUUAAUUUGCAUUUUGUUUUGCUGGUUUACUACUUUUCACAGAAAUUAAUUGGGUUAAAUAUACAAAAAAGCUGGAAGAUGUCUUUGAAAGAAUUUAAUUCUUGUGCAUUACUGUUGAGAGCCUACUGUGUGAUAGGCACCAAUGCCAGAAAGAACCUCGUUAAUUUGUAGGUAAGAACACAAAGGCAUUGGUGAUUUGCCUAGGACACCAUAGUUAAUUGAACUGGGGUAGAACCAUCUUCCCACUUUCUGGAAAAUCCCGUGCCAUGCUGUUCUUUAAACUUAUUUGCUUGAGGACCACCUAACUAGCUCAGUCGGUUAAGUGUCCGACUCUUGGUUUUAGCUCAGGUCAUGAUGUCCUGUCUCCCUUCUCUCUCUGCCUCUCUCUCUCAAAAAUAAACAAACAAACUUAUUUGCUUGAGACAAAGUAGAAGGAGCAAUACCUACACCCCGCACAUAAGUAAAGCAGGCUUAUUAAAGAAUUCCUCUCGUGUUAGAACUCCAGAGAGGAUAUGAGGUUGCCAAAAAUCAGGCUAGAAGAUGAGAGAUCUAUAGAAAACAUGCUUUGAUGUUUAUAAGUUUAUAUUUAUGGGUAAAAGCCAAAUUAAUACUUGUUUUAUUCUGAAAAAGGUAUAAGAAACAUAAAAUGGGAAGGAACUCUAGUACAUAAUCUGUGCCUCUGAAAUGCUAAAGCUUUUUUUAUUUUUAAGCACAGUCAGAAGAGGUAAAAUAACAGUUUUAAAGUGUAACAUACAAUAAAGGGAAAGAUAAGAUUUACCAAAACCUGCACUUUCAAUUAACAUUAUACACCAACUGGCUCAGCCUCCCAAUUUAACUGUACCUACUACACCCAGUCUUAGAGCACUUGGGAUCUGUAAGAAAAUCUAUGUGAAUUGAAGUUCCCAGGAGUAAAAUUCUAUUAAAUAAUUCAAAGCAAGACGCUCUUAUACAAUUACAAAAUCAAUUGUGAUAAGUUUUUAGAAGCUACCAUUGCAACUCUUGAUCUAGUUUUAUUUAUUUUUGAGAGAGCAUAAGCAGGGGAAGAGCAGAAAGGGACAGAGGAUCCAAAGCUGGUUUUGCACUGGCAGCCGAGUCUGAUGUGGGGCUUGAACUCACGAACUGUGAGAUCAUGACCUGAGCCUACUCAGAUGCCCAACCAACUGAGCCACCCAAGUGCCCUUCUACUUGGACUCUUAGUAGAUGAAUGGGCUCAUCUGAGCAAGUAGAGAAUGUGUCUCCUCUGUAGAAAUAUAGCCCUCGCUUUGAAGUGAUGAAUGUCAGCUGUCAUCAAUACUUAAGGAAUUAAAUUGGUCACAUAGUUCUCUUAAAUUGCCAUAGUACUAUUAAUAUUGGGCAUGUGAAGUGAAACUGUUGGUCCUUGUCUAGAAUUAAGUUACAAGAAUCACCUGACCUUGACUUGGCUAGUCUGAAAUGUCAAAUGUAGGUCAAAUGGAUGCAAAGAUCUCUGACAUCACAUUUGGCAAUCUCACAACAGAUUGAAAGUAUCAGUUAUGAGGAGUUCCUAAGUUAGUGGGACCUUGCAGAAAGUGCUACAUACCAGUAGGCAUUUGGGGAUCCUAAGGGAUACAUUUAGAAACAUCGUGUGAAAUAUUGACAUUUAUUUUUAGGAAAAAAUGACAAUAGAAGGAGGGUAUUUUGUUUGUGAAAUGCAUAAACUUCUUUGGCUCUGAUGCCAGCCAUGUACAGACCUCUUUUUUCUGUUUAAGUAAACUUUUUAGUGAGGUAUAUUACACAUAUGGAAAAGUACACAAGUCAGGUGAACAAACUCAAUGCGUUUUCAUAAAGUGAAUAUAAUCUUGUAAUCAUCACCCAAAUCAAGAAACAGAACAUUAUCAGCUCCAGAAAUUCCCUAGCAAGCCCCCUACCAAUCAUUAUUCCCUAUCCAAAUAAAUAUUUUGUCUUCUGCCAUGAUUAGUUUUGGUUUUGAGCUUUAUAUAAAUGGAAUCAUACAGAAUGUACUUUAUGUGUCUGCCCUCUCAAAUAGGUUUGUCUGUAUGAUAUGACAUAGGGAUCAGUUGAGCACUAUUUAUUAGAAGACCAUCUUUUCCCUUGCUACACAGUAAUGUCAUCUUUGUUAUUAAUCAAAAGAUAGUUUAUGUGUGGGUCUAUUUCUAAAAUUUCAUUUUUACAGUUUUCUUGUGCCAGCAUUCUACUGUUUUAAUUACUGUUAACUUUAUAAUCUUGAUAUUUGGUUGUGUAUAUCCAGCAGCUAUAUUCUUCUUCAAGAUACUGGCCUUUCUUAAUCUUUGUAUGAAUUUUAGAAGCAUCUUGUCAAUUCUACAAAAAAACAAACAAAACUUGAUGGGAUUUUUACUGAGAUUACAUUGAAUCCAUAAAUCAAUGUGGGGGAAAAUUGACAUCUUUACAAUCUAAGAAUGUGGUACUACUUUACAUUUAAGCUUUUUAAUCUCAAUAAUGUUUUAUAAUUUUUUAUAGAGGGUCUUGACCAUCUUUUAUUAAAUUUAUUCCUAGGUUUUUGAUUUUUGUAUGUUCUUAUAAAUGGUGCUUUUUGAUGACAUUUUAUUACAGUUUUUAAUUGUUUGUUACUAAUAUAUAGAAAUACAAUAUAAUUUUGUAUGUUGACCUAGUAUGUAGUAAAGUUGUUUAAUUCACUGAUUAUUUCUUAGAGUUUGACUAUAGAUUCUUUUGGAUUUUUUACAUACAUAAUUAUGUCACUUCUGAAAAUGGUAGUUUGGCUUCUGUUUAUAAUCUUAAGGCUUUCUUUCCUUUUUAAUUAUCUGCUUUUUAUUUCCCUUUUCUGCCUCAUUGGCCUAUUGAAGACCUUCAGCACAAUGUUGAAUAGAGGUUGUCAGAAUGAGUAUUUUUGUUUCUUCCCAAUCUUAGGAGCCAAGCUUUCAAUAUUUCACUAUUCAUUGUUUGCUAUAGGUUUUGUGAUACUCAAUAUCAGAUUUCAAGAGUUUCCUUCUAUUCCUAGUUUGCCAAGUGUUUUUUUUCAACAUGUAUGAGUGUUGAAUUCUAACAAAUUUUUUUCCUGUAUUCAUCCAAAUGAUUGUAAGCUUUUCUCCUUUAUUCUGUUAAUGAGGUGAAUUGCAUUGAUGCAUUUUUCUGUUGAUUGUUUUCUUUCUCCUGGUUAUGGGCCAAAAUUGCUACUGUUUACAUUCCUGGUAAAUUUUUAUUGGAUCUUGGAAGUUACAAAUGUUAUAUUGUUGAAUAUUUGAA